CUGUCUCUCUCUUCCCCCUCACCAAAUCGGCGGCGACGUCGCCCUGCUCUCUCUAUCUCCUCUCUCUCUCUCUCUCGCGCGCGCGCUUGCUCUCAGUCACUCUGCUCUCCUCUCUUCUCUUCUCUCUCUCUCGCUCUCACCCACAUCGCGACGGCGACUGUCACCUUCUCAGACCCGCAUCAGCGACCGCGAAUCCCUCUGGCCGCCUCUAUCCACCGCCAAUCUCUCAGGAUCAUAAGAUGAGCAGACCUUCAGCACUCAAACGGAAACAGCCAGACUCUAGUUCUCCGUCGGAGUCUUUGACAGAGCAUGAGAAAAUCGUAUAUAGUGUAAUCCGAAGCAAGCAAGAUAUGGGAAUUUGGACACGAGACAUGAAGAAAGAAGCGAACCUCCCAGACAAUCUGGUUGGCAAAUCCAUAAAAUCACUCCAAGCCAAGAACCUGAUAAAAGAGGUUGUGAAUGUCCAAAGCAAGGGGAGAAAGCAUUAUAUGGCUGCAGAGUUUGAGCCCUCCAAGGAGUUAACUGGCGGGGAUUGGUAUUCUAAUGGAACCCUCGAUAAAUAUUACAUAUCCUGUGUAAAAGAUGGGUUUGCAAAGAUCAUAUAUCAGCUCAAGGUUGCUACCUUGGAGGGAAUUUCAGAUGAAGUUAAAAAGAGCGGAAUAUUCAAAACUUCGUUCACAAAACAGCAAAUUGAGGAGAUUAUGAGGGUUUUGGUUUUGGACAAACGAGUCACGGAAGUGAAGAGCACUGGGAUGGGGGAGUUUGGUUCGUUUCCAGUUGGGAAAGUUUGCUAUAAAUCCACAAGCAAGGGAGGUAGUAAACGGGAACCCAAAGUAGGGGCCAUGGCUUCCAUUCCAUGUGGAGUUUGUCCACGGAUGAGUCAAUGUACACCAGACGGUAUUAUUUCCCCAAGGACUUGUGUCUACUUCACCAAAUGGUUGGAUUUCUGAACUUCUUGUAUGCAGGAACAAUUGUUUGGUAUGCUUUUGGAGGUUUUCUUCUUUUGUCCAUGUGAUGUACGGAGUCCUGCAGAAGCUUGAUGCCUCAAAAUUUUGCUUCUAAAUCCUAUAUAUGAUGUUUAACGUCUUUGAGUACGUCUUUUUACCUGGUUUAACAAAGUUGGUUUCUGAAUGUUUUUGGCUCAACCUGGUUUCCUAUAUUUUUUUUGUUUUUGUGUGCUCAAUAAUAAUGUACCUAAUCUUGUCAA